CUAUUGUACAAAAAACGGACGAACGCCACAUAGAGAAACGCAUAAACAAAACAAACAGCGGUAUGUGUUAAAGUGAUAAAAAUACGGAAAACUCUUUUUAUUUAUUUAAAAGAAAAACAAAAAGAAAUUUUAUUAUUGAAUUGUUGAAAUGAAAGAUCAGUAUAAGAAAGCACUUAUGAAUGUGGUGCACGAAACGAGGAAAACCGUGCGCACUUACGCAUUAUAAGCAGCUACUGCGUCGGGCGAAAGAUUUUUCGUGUAGUUGUGUCCGUGUGUGAAAAAGGGGAGGGAAUUGGUUUGUUAAAUUGGACUGUGAAGAAAGUAGAAAUGGUAGAAACUCUAUCGUCGCCGCCUUCGAAAGAUUUCGACUAAUACUGCACAGAAAAUUCAAUGCAAACUUAGUCCUUGUGAUAAAAAAAAAAAAAUAUUAAAAAUACAUUAUGUGCGCUAUUAAAAUAAGAUGAAAAAAUACUUAAGUAAAAAUAGUACAACUGCUCGAAUUGGGUAUAUUUACAUACGAAAGCAAAACAGCUAAAUACAAAAGUGUAUACCUGGUGAAGGUGCAGCGCAGCUAUACGGUGGCAUUAAAAACGCUGACAAUACGGAAAAUUGUGUAGCGUAAAAACGUAUACACGGGUGAGGUCAAGUAGGCUGACCACUCGUACCAACGCUUAAAACGCAGUCAGGCAGUCUGCUACUUGUACAUCGAUGUAGGGUGAGGCUGCAACAUAGUGAAUUUAUGCAUUUGCGACCAUCAAACAAUAUUUUAAACACAUAUAUAAACGGUUAAAUUACAGUGAAGUUAACGUACAAAGCGACAGCCAUAAAGUUCUGCAAUUCUACACAACAAAAAUCAGACAAAAAAAGAAAGCGGGCCAUUGGCCAGUGAUUGUAAGCAUUAUAUCCUGUUUCUGACACCGAAGCGAUGGUGAAAGUGCUUGCAAUGCCGCGAGUGAUAUUGGCCGACGUUGUAUUUACAGUGGCAAAAAUAUUAUCCUGUAAUCCAAUAUGGGUGUGCCGGGUAUUUGUAAAGCAUAACUAAAAAUUAAUUUGCGCAGCAGCAACCGUAAUAGACGAUUUCACAGUGUUAUAAAUAAUCAAGUUUGGAAGGAAGAAGAGGCAAGGAAGCAAAAUUAAGCCAACAAGCCGGCAAGCCAUAUUUGGCCCACCCCGCACUGCUGUUUAUACUGCAUUGACAUUCACACACACACUUGCUUUCACAUAAAAGUUAUUGUGAAAACAGUUUGCCUGCUGAAUGCGGUUUAAUCACGUUUUGCCCACUGCGCUCCGCUACGCAAAAAUAAACUGCGGAUGAAAAAGAUAAUUCUACAUAGUUUGCGACAACUAUUUUGCCAAUGCCUAAUAACGUUAUAAAGCAUAGCAGCGCCAGCGCCAGCAGUGCCAGUAAUGGGCGCAGCAGCAGCAGUAACAAUAGUAGCAGCAGUAGUAGUGCCAAUGCCAAUCCAGCAAAGUCAAUUAUUAGCCAUAAAAAUGAGACGAUGUCUACGUACGUGGGAUCGUCCAACACACUGCCAGACAAAAGCGUUAUAAUUAAACAAUCAAACAACAACGAACGCAUCGCUACACAUCGGCGUGAUGGUUCCAAUAUAACGGGAAUACAGCGUCCAAUCUAUCGUAAGUUACAGUAUAUUAGCCCACAGACGCAUUUUCGCAAUGGCGCCGCAUCAGCGGAAGCCUUAGGAGAUGCCACGCUGAAUGACAGUCGUAGCGAUGUGCUUGUCUACUCCGAAGAUGGGCAUUUGGUAUCGGCUAGUUUGGAAGCGCUCAUCACGCAUAUGGUGCCCACCAGCGAGUAUUACCCAGAGGAGAAUUUCAUUUUCGCAUUUCUGCUUAGCGCGCGCCUCUAUGUUCGGCCACAUGAACUGCUUGCGCAAAUAUCACAAACGUGGGAGCGGCAACAGCAACAGCAGCAGGAACAGAAACAACAACAUAAUCUACAGCAAGGCGUGGACGUUGUCGAUGAGGCACAUUUUGGGCAUUUGGCUGUAGCCGCCUCAGCGUCACCGCUAAUGCAGCGCAAGACCGCGAAUAGCGCCGUUUUAUUGCCACCCACCAUUGGUCACAGUGAGGUCAAUGUAAUUGUAGAGGGCCAUCUCAAACAGCGCACCGCCGUACAGUUGAGUGCACAGAAUUGCAUACGUUUGCUUGCCGAAUGGAUCGAGACGUUUCCCUAUGAUUUUCGAGAUGAACGCCUGAUGCAGCAGGUGCGCAUAUUAGCGAGAAAAUGUGUCUACAUUGAUAAUGCGCUCGGUAGGCGCGUCUCGCGUAUUUUACAGCUACUCGUACAUCGUCUCACCGUACUCGAACAAUACGAGGCAACAUUGCAAGCAAUGGCAGCUACAGAUCUCACCGCGGCCGGCAGUAAUCAGCAACAACUACCGCACUACAACACAUCGGCAGCGGCGUCCACCACUGCGGCGAGCACGCAUAGCGGUACCCACAAUUCGCUAGUGGGUUGCGUAAAGAGUCACACACUACAUACAACCAGCAUAACAGAGGCACACAAACCGACCACAAUCACAAACAACUCGAACUCAUUGGGAUCCGUGGCCGUUGCGGCGGUGGCAGCGGCCAUAGAUGGCAGUAGUGCGCAUGAGGUGCACGGCAUUAUGGACAUAUGUCCAAGUUGUGCACAAUUGGCGCAUCAGUUGACCGCCAUUGAGCUGGAGCGGCUGUCACAUAUUGGUCCGGAAGAAUUUGUGCAAGCUUUCGCCAAGGAAUAUCAACACACUAUCGAUGGCAAAUCAACUGCGGCUACAACAACAACAACCAGCGUUGGAAAGUGCGAGCGUGCGAGUGUUGACUCCACAACGCUGCAUGAUAUGAAGAAAACGCGCAACCUAGAAUCGUACGUGGAGUGGUUUAACCGGCUGAGUUACCUGACGGCAACGGAGAUUGUGAAGUAUCCGAAGAAAAAGCAGCGUGUACGCAUUAUCGAAUACUGGAUAGAGACCGCGCGGGAGUGUUUCAAUAUUGGCAAUUUCAACAGUUUAAUGGCGAUUAUAGCUGGCUUAAAUCUAGCGCCCAUUUCAAGGCUUAAGAAGACGUGGUCAAAAGUGCAAUCUGCAAAAUUCUCUGUGCUGGAACAUCAAAUGGAUCCUACAUCGAAUUUCAAUAGUUAUCGCUCAACACUUAAGGCGGCCAUGUGGCGUUCGGAGGGCGCUACAGAGGAACGUGAACGCAUAAUCAUUCCAUUUUUUAGUUUAUUCGUUAAGGAUUUAUACUUUUUGAACGAGGGCUGCUCCAAUCGUUUGCCAAACAAUCAUAUCAAUUUCGAAAAAUGCUCACAACUCGCCAAACAGGUAAUGGAGUUCAACGAAUGGAAGAAGGUCACUUGUCCAUUUGAGCAAAUGCCAAAUGUGAUUGCAUAUCUGCAGACCAGUAGUGUACUCAAUGAGAACACAUUAUCGAUGGCGUCAUUCGAAUGUGAACCACCCGAAAAUACGGAGGAGAAGGGACGCUACAAAACGGUUAAAGCCGAAACUAAACAACAAUUAUUACAUCAACUGCAACAAGAGCAACAACAGCAACAUCAACACCAACCAUAGUCGUUUGCAACAGUGUUGCAACACAAGCAAAGAAGAAGAUGUUAUUUUUAUGACGGUAUGUGUAUGUAUGUACUAGUGGGUUUAGUGCGGCGCAAAUUAAGUUAUUUAGCGAAUGCUAUGCAUUAAUAAUGUGAAAAUGUAAUUUUAAAUAAUUUAAAGUUAAAGUUCGCCGGUUUGCAACCUAACCUCAAAAAGCUUUUGCGCUGCAUAACCCUCGUCUACGUUUAUUUUUGUUUCUCGCAAUUGUUGCAGAACGCUUGCCAUUUUUGAUACCUACUUUGAUAUUUUUCAAAACGUUUUUAACACAUAUUCUAAGUCUAGUUACAUUUAGCGUUAGCAUAUAAGAUGACAACAACAGUAAAAACAAAACAACAAGCCACAAAUAAAUAGCAACAUAGUAGCAUAAUGAAAAGGAAAACACACAAGAAACAAUUAAAAUUUACUUGCGAACAAUUUUGUGACUUCAAAAGUCAAAAAACAUACAUAUAUUUACAUAUAUAUAUAUUGUACUACUUAAAAUUCAACAUUGUCGCAACGGAAGCUGUGGUUGCCAGUAAUUGUACUUAAUGCAUUUAGUAAUUUAUCGAAUAACAUAUAACAAAAAAAAAAACAAAAACAAAAUGUAAGCAAAUCUCAAAUAACGCAAGAAAACUUUCGAUUACAAAUUUCUUUAAGAAAUUUCAGAAAUUAUUUUAGUUACUAAUUUUAAUUUUUUUACACAUUAAUCUAUAUAUAUUUUUUUUAUUAUUGUAAAUGACAACUUUUGUGUUUAACUUCAAAAGAAUUAAAUGUACAACCCUGUGUAUGUGUGUGUUUUGUAAUGUUUAAUUAAUGUUUAAACAAAUGAACACAAACAAAAAUAAAAAAAAAACUCUAUGUAAGUUGUAAUUGUACUAUAUACAUACAGACACACUUGCACAUGCAUUAUUUGCGCUAAUAUGUAAAAUGUAAAAUUUAUAAUGCACUCGAUAUACAUAUUUAUGCGUACAUUGUGUGUGUGUGCUCUAAUUGCUAAGUUGACAGUAUUGAUAUUUACAACUAAAAUUUACUAUUAUAUAGUUGAACACGAUGAACGCGGCGGGAACAAAAGAAAUUUGUAAACUAAAAGGAAAAGAAAGAAAACAAAAAUUAUAACUAAUACUAAUUAGUUAACGUUUGUAUUACACGUAAACAAAUGCUCACUACACAAAAGCGAAACAAAAUGCAGUAUUUAUGUUCAUGAACAUUUUCUUUAUAUACUCGUAAAUAAAAUAAAAAAAACAUUAUUAACAAAUUACUACAUUUACAACACACGCAAAUUAAAAAAAAAAAAAAAAAAAAAACAAAAAAUAAACUCAUAAACUUUUGAAAACCGAAAAUACAUAAAACACUGAUAUUAUGCGCAUAUUUGACGAAAAUAGUGUGAAGCAAACGAGAGCGAAUGAAUUGUGGUAGCUAUUACGAUGCUUUCCUUUAUAAGAUUAUUAAAACUAAGCUAUAAACUUUUUAAACAACAAAUCAACAACAAAAAACAGUAAACAAAACAAAAUUUGUAACAAAAUUCUCAAGCUGAAGCUGAAAACAACAAAUAAAUUCUACAAAAAAAAUCAA